GGGGCGGGGGCGGGAGCGGCGCGCCGGAAGGCGGAAGGGGAGCAUGGCGGCGGGUGCGGGCGGGCUGCUGGCGGCGACCGCGCUGCUGUUGGCGGUGGCCGGGCCGCGCCCGGCACCCGCCGAGCUCACGGACGGCAACAGCGAGCACCUGAAGCGGGAGCACUCCCUGAUGAAGCCGUAUCAGGGCGCGGGCUCCGCCGCCAUGCCGCUGUGGGACUUCCAGGGCAGCACCAUGGUCACCAGCCAGUACGUCCGCCUGACGCCCGACGAGCGCAGCCGGGAAGGCUCCAUCUGGAACCGCAUGCCCUGCUUCCUCAAGGACUGGGAGCUCCAUGUCCACUUCAAGAUCCACGGAGCCGGCAAGAAGAACCUGCACGGGGACGGCCUGGCGCUGUGGUACACGCAGGAGCGCCUGGUGCCAGGUCCUGUGUUUGGCAGCAAGGACAACUUUCACGGACUGGCUAUCUUCCUUGAUACAUAUCCCAACGAUGAAGCCACAGAGCGCGUGUUCCCCUAUAUCUCUGCGAUGGUGAACAACGGCUCCCUGACAUACGACCACAGUAAGGACGGGCGCUGGACGGAGCUGGCGGGCUGCACUGCCGACCUUCGGAACCAGAACCACGACACUUUCCUGGCCAUUCGGUACUCCCGAGGCCGCCUGACGGUGAUGACCGACGUCGAAGACAGGAACGAAUGGAAGAACUGCAUCGACGUUGCAGGGGUGCAGCUGCCAACUGGCUACUUCUUCGGUGCUUCUGCUGGCACUGGAGAUCUGUCUGACAAUCACGACAUUAUCUCGAUGAAGCUAUUCCAGCUCAUGGUGGAGCACCCUCUAGAAGAUGAGACUGUUGACUGGACCAAGAUUGAGCCUAGCGUCAGCCUUCUUAAAUCACCCAAAGACAACGUGGAUGACCCGACAGGGAAUUUCCGAAGCGGGCCUCUGACGGGCUGGAAGGUGUUCCUGCUCCUGCUCUGCGCCCUGCUGGGCAUCAUCGUCUGCGCUGUGGUGGGAGCCGUGGUCUUCCAGAAACGCCAGGAGCGGAACAAGCGUUUCUACUGAUGAAGACCUGGGCCGUGGCCUGUGCCCGAACCCAUCUUUUCUAUGGGGAGCUGUAAAAACUGUGGUUUCUAAAAGCUGUUUCUGAGAAA